CCCAGUUCCCAGCCCGAACCACCGGCGACGCACGCUCCGCUUCGCUAUGGCGCUCUCGCUCGCGCGCAGCCCCAACCCCGCCGCGGCGCUCCCCGCCCCGCGUGUUCCCCACUUUGCCCUUCCUCUCCUCACGCUCCGCUGCCCUCGCCGCCAGAACCAGGCACGCCUCCGCGUCGCAGCAUCCUCGCCCCCGGAGGCGCAGGCUGCCCCCGUGGCGGAGGAUGAGCAGGGGGAGAAGCGGCGGAAGCUAUACGUUGCCAACCUGCCCUGGUCGUUCCCGGCGCCGGAGAUCGAGAAGCUCUUCGCGCAGCACGGCACUGUCAAGGACGUCGAGGUCAUCAAGGGGAAGGAUGGAAGAAACAGGGGGUUCGCGUUCGUGACGAUGUCGACAGCGGAGGAGGCGGCCGCCGCCGCUGAUAAGCUUAACUCCCAUGAUGUAAUGGGGCGGACAAUCAAGGUGGAGUUUUCAAAGAGCUUCAGAAGACCAGCUCCGCCUCCUCCUCCAGGCACUAUUAUAGAGAGGCACAAGCUUUACGUGUCCAAUCUCCCAUGGAAAGCAAGGGCUCCCAAUGUUAAAGAAUUCUUUGCAAACUUUAACCCGCUUUCUGCUAACGUUAUAUUCGACAAUGGAAAAGCAGCUGGGUACGGUUUCGUUUCCUUUGGGACAAAAGAAGAAGCAGAGGCUGCUCUCACUGAGCUUGAUGGAAAGGAACUUCUGGGAAGGCCUGUACGCUUGAAUUGGCGGGAAAGUGGUGAUGAUAAGGUUGAAGUUGCAAAGGCUGACAGUGAAGUUGAAGCUGUAAAUAUUGAAGGAGCAUGCGUUGAUGAUGCCAGCACGGAUGGAGGUGAAGAUAAACAGGAAUAGUAAAAAAAAAUAUUAUAGUGGCCUACGGCAAGAAAGUUUCAUCUGCCUUAUUGGUAUGCACACAGAUGUGGAGCCUUGUUGUACAGUUACAGUUUUUUUUUUCCUACACUACCUGGUGAGUGAGUGCAUGAUCAUUGUGCCUAUAAGUGCACUUACUACUCAUGGUUGGUAUUUGAACUAAUUUGUUUCUGUGGAAAAUUUAAUUCCACGACAUCAUCGGAAUUCUUCUAAUUGAAUGUACACUUUCGGGGAACC